GCUUGACAUAAGCGUGUUUGUUACUUUAACUUGUUGCCGCUUUGGUAGCAAUUCAUUCCACUUGUAUAUUUGUAUAAAUUAUGCUUGCCUCCGGUACUGGAACCGGAGGUAGUAGUACACCAGAUUCCAAUGAAUUUGUUCGUGGUACAAGUCCAGAGUUUACAGAUGAAUUAGGCGAACUUGUCCCUGUACUUGAUUCAAUACAUUUAGUUCCAUAUAAAAAAAGUUCCCUAGUCGGCUCCUCGUCACCGUUUGAUCCAAAAAAGGCGAAAGUUACGGUUCAACGUCCUGGUGAUCAAAAAGCUUAUCAAUGUGGACCACAUCUUAGAAAAACAAAGAAAACAGAUUCUGAUGCUAUCAAAGAGAUAAAUCGGUGCCGUGAAGAGAAUACUACACGCCUGGAUUUAUCCAAAGGUCAAUUACACUUUCUACCUUCAUCAAUACGAGAUGUUGGACAUCAUUUAAAAGAACUUUAUCUUUAUUGUAAUAAAUUAGUGAAUUUACCAAAUGAAAUCGGUACACUGUACACCUUGGAAAUAUUAAUGGUACAAGAGAAUUCAUUGAGUGAUUUACCAGAAACAUUGGCACAGUGUAAACAAUUACGUGUCCUAGAUAUUAGACAUAAUAAGUUAUGCGAAAUUCCUCGAGUUGUUUACAAGCUAUACAAUUUAACACAUUUAUUUCUACGCUUUAAUCGUAUACGUGUUGUGGAUGAAGAAAUUCAAUAUUUAACUAAACUUCAAGUACUCAGUCUACGCGAGAAUAAAAUUCACACCUUACCAGCUAAACCUGGGAUUGGUCAGUUAACUCACUUGAUUACAUUGGAUGUUUCACAUAAUCAUUUGGAACAAUUAUCAGAAAAAAUUGGUCAAUGUCAAAAAUUGUGUACCUUAAGCUUGCAACAUAAUGAAUUGCGUUCAUUACCGAAUACAAUUGGUGAUUUAAAAAUGCUUGAAAAUAUCGGUCUAAGGUAUAAUCAUUUAGAAUCAUUGCCAGACUCAUUGGCACGUUGUACAAAUCUCUUAGAAUUAAAUAUUGAAGGCAAUAAUAUUUGGCAAUUACCGGAAGGAUUAUUAACACAUUUAAAGAAAAUCUCGUGUGUAACAUUGUCAAGAAAUUAUUUCAAUGUAUUCCCAGCCGGUGGUCCUCAACAAUUCACUUGUAUACAAUCACUCAAUAUGGAACAUAAUCAAAUCACUCGGAUACCAUUCGGUAUAUUUUCACGGGCAUCGAAUUUAACUAAAUUAAACUUGAAAGACAAUCAAAUCAGUGCUUUCCCACCAGAUAUCAAAAGUUGGACAAGUUUAGUGGAGCUGAAUGUUGGCACAAAUCAAUUGACUAAACUCCCCGAUGAUAUAGAACAUUUAAUCAAUUUAAAAGUUCUCAUAUUGAGUAAUAAUCAGUUGAAACAUAUUCCAGUAACUAUAAGAGAGUUACAGAAGUUACAAGUUCUUGACUUGGAAGAGAAUCAUUUAGAAUCUUUACCUCCUGAUAUUGGUUACUUAGGCGAACUUCAACGCUUAAUUGUUCAGUCAAAUAGACUUAUCAGUUUACCACGGGAAAUCGGCCGUUUGCACAACUUGGUUUAUUUGGCUGUGGGUGAAAAUGAUCUGCAGACUAUACCAAAUGAAAUAGGUGAUUUGCAUAAAUUAGAAACAUUAUAUUUGAAUAAUAAUUUGAAUUUACACGAUCUACCCACGGAAUUGGCUAUGUGUUGUAGCCUACAAAUGAUGUCCAUUGAAAAUUGCCCAUUGACACAAAUUCCUGUUGAAGUAGUGACUGGUGGUCCAUCACUUGUCAUUCAGUAUUUACGCUUACAAAGUUCUUUCAGUCAUAUAUGAACUUCUUCUGCCUUUUCUUGUUUGAUGAUGAUGAAUCCAAAAAUUUCCUAAAUUGAAAAAAAAACAGGUUGACAGACACAAAAACGCAAACCAUAUCGCAAUAAUGAAUCAUAACUACAUCGAAGACAACAAAAAGCACAACACUGUCUACAACGAUAACAACAUCCUCCCUUCAUUACUCUCUCCACAAGGACAUUUUAAUUUUCAAACUAAGUUGUUUUGUAUGUGUAUGUGUGUGUGUAUAUUGUGCCCGAAAUGUGAUACAACACCCUAUGGUUGCCGUGGUUACCUGUAUAUUUCAUUAUUUCAACAACAUUUCGAUAGUUUUAUUCAAAUAGUAUAUACAUAUAUGUGUUGUAUACAAAGGAUACAAAAGAGGUACAUUAUUUCCAACUUAUUUCCUGUUUUCCACGUAUUUCUGUUUUGUUUGGUGACAGUGAUUUCCGUGUACACUCUGAGAGAACUACUAAAUUAUUAAAUGUUUCUGUAUCAUUAUGAUUAUAAUUGUCUUCAUACGUCUUCUGUAGCAAUUCAUCUGUUCUCCAGUUUACUCGUUUUCCCACUAACUCAUGAAUUAAAUUCAUCACCAGUGUGAAAUGGGAAGGAAACAUUGGAAGUUCCUGUUUUCAUUCUCUCUCUCUGUCUAAUAUGCUUCAUGUGUCUUUGAGUGAAAAGUUUAUUUUAUAUAACAGAUACAUAUACAUAUGUAAAGUGGUAGUGUGUAUACAAAUUGUACACUGAUUAAUGUAUAUUAUUAUCUUGAAAGAAUGAAAGAUCAGAUUUCUCCAGCAUCGUUAUCGUCAAUUCCCCUCACACCCCCUCCACGUCGUUUACACACUUUUUUAAAAGAAUUUUUCAAUCUAGUCGCAUUUCCUGCGCGUUUCUGUUUUUUGUUUUGCUGUUUUUUUGCAUUUAUGUGUAACUAACUAAUUUGUCUUGCACAUCCACCAGCUGUUGUAUUCUUAUUUUUCUUUUCAUCGAAAAAAAUGUCUUUUCUCUGUUGUGUUUUUGAAGUAGAGAAGUUCUCGUUUGUGACAUGUUUUGAGUACAGCUAGCUAAGAGUGUAAACAAAAUCACAGAAACAAAGCAACCCCGCCACACCAACAUACACUCACACAAACAAACAUAUAUGUUUAUUCAUAUGUGUAUAGAGUAAAGGUUAUCUUUCUGAAUCUUUCUUCUUUGUUUCUAACCUUUUCACGUAUUUGCGUGCGUGUGUCUUUGUUUUUGUAUUUAAUCCAUCUCUAUCUCUCUCUCUUGUCGUCUUCUUUUGUCUGGCAGCCAUCUUUCUUUUCUCUUUUUUUUUACUGUCUUUGAUGUAAUUUAGACGCACCGAACUCAUCGCCUCAGUGUUGUUGUCAGUAAUUCUUUUUUUGCUUCAGUUUACUCCCUUCGUUUCACACUGAGUCAUAUAAGAAAAACACAGCUGAUAUUAUCCUGAUUUUUGAUUUUAUUUUAUUAUUCCAAAUGGAAAAUAGAUAUUAUAAAAAGUACAACAGCAGUAGGUGUACUAACUAUUAACUGUGAAGGAAUACAUACAAUAUAUAUGUGCGUCUUUGUGUGUAUAUUUGUGUUAAUUAACAGUUUUGUGGAUAUUCUUUUACAGACAGACCUUUGUGUACAGUAGUAGUAAAUUUCUUAUGUAUGUACCACAAUUUUAUACAUGUUGUCUAUGAAAAGGAGUUGCUGUUGUUGUUGUUGGUUUCGCUCCUUUUUUGGGGGGCGUGCUUAUUUUAUCCAGCUUAUCAAGUAAUAAAAUAAACGUUCGUUUCUCGUUUAUUUAUUAUCUUUUUUGUCAAAUAUUAUCUUUUUAUUUUUCAAACAAAUAUUCUUGAAUGAUAAAAUAAUAGUAAUAAUAAUAAUAGUGGUGAUAAAGAUUUUAAUACCACUAACAGCUUCAAUACUCUUCCUUUAUACUUGUAAGUAAUUGAUUCAAUUUUUUUCUACUUUGUUCAAUGUUCAGUUAUUUUUAUUAUUUUGUUUAUUCGUAUUGUAUGUGUGUAUGUAUGCGCUUGAGCGCGCGCGCGCGUGCAUUCAUUCAAUUCGCUAAACACAUGUCUACUUUGACAAUUCGCUAUUACUGACUCAUUAAUAAUAAUAAUAAUAACAAUAUUUUAAAUAGUCAUCUGAUUUUAUCAUUAUUCUUAUAUGAAAGAAUACUUUUUCAAGAAGUUUUAUUAUUAUUAUUUUUGUGUGUGUGUUUUGUUUCGCUUUGUUCAUUUGCCUUCUUAUUCUUUUUCUUUUUUUUCUGCUUUUUAAUACGCGCGAUCAUGUGCUUACAUAUGUUUAUUUUUCAGAAAAUAAUUUUACUUGUUGAACACAAUCUCUUUUUGUUGUUGUUGUUGUUUACUUUUCUGAUAAGUGUUUAUUUUGGAAAUCUGCUGUCUUAAAAAGUAAAAAUAAGUAAAUAAAUAGA